AGCUCCAUCCAGCCGCCCUGCGAGCGUGAGCGCUCUGACGCCGCGACACGGGGCCUGGUCGCGCCGCUCCGGCUCGGCGCCACCGUCGCACCUUCGCACCCGCCCGCAGUCAGCGCCUUCGCCGGCGUCUCAGCACUUCCGGACUCCGCGACACCGCUCUGCAGCAGUGAUGUUCGUGUGCCGUUUCGUGAUUUUAUUGUAACCCGACAAGAAGCAGCGGCUCGGCCGCAGGUUGACGAAGAGACGCUAGUGCCCGAUGGGGGAAGUUGCCAUGGAGCCGGGUGCCUCCGGCCCGCGGCGUCCGAAGCUGGAGUUGUUGCUGUGUGUGCUCAUCGCAGUGACGAGUUUGGCCGCCACAACGACACAAGCACCGCCCGACUGUGAGUCUGGGCAGUUGACGUGUAAUCAGUACGUAUGGAACAAGACGUACUGCAUCCCACCUCACUACCGCUGCGAUAUGACAAUCGACUGUGUCGACGGCAGCGACGAGGCGG